CUCCUCCGGAUUUGGUUCCUUUGCAUUCAUGCUACGGAGCUGCAUACUCAGUUGCCUCUUUUGUUUCCCGGUGUCGUGGCCGCCAUAAUUGGAAUGUAGUUGUGCCGAGUUUGCUCUUUAACGUUCUAGCAAGCGAUGUAAAUAUUUUUAAUUCACAUCUAACGAAAGGUCCUAUAUAAAAGGCUCAGACCUCCUUCGUCGAGUAAAGUUCAAAUUUUGUGUCACUAGACCAAAUGUUCAAUGAUUCGUUUUGUCAAACUUUAUUUAACAAAACAAACCUCUCUACAUUAUUGUUUCUCUUCACCAUCUCUUGGGGAGUUUGGAGGUAGUUGGCAAUUGUAGAAGGUCCUAGAAAGUCAAAAAGCAAAUAAGACCAGUUCUGUUAGUUCAACUAACAUAACAAGACCGAAAGCAUAAAAUUUAGGACAGUCACUUCCUCUCUCUUCUAAUAUCGCCUUACAUAAAAUAAAAAGUAGCGAAAAAAACGUAAAAAUACAAAAAGAGCAUUUUCGUCGUCGUCGUUAUUUCUUUUUAACUCUGUUAAGGUAGGUGAUUUGUACGUAAAUAAAACAAUUAAUCAGUUUAUAACAAUGCCAUGCAGUUACAAACCAGCCCCGCUUUCACCGCUCUGUUUUGAAACCUUCCCACCACCGGAUAUAUCCUCCAUAAUUCCCAUCCACCACUUUGUUGGAUUCCGGCAACAACUUGACUCGAUCUAACAAAAAAAAAUCAACAAAGAGAGACAAGAACAAUUACACAGAACUCUGAAAACAUUGUCGGUCGCGCCGCAGAAGAAGGAUCAUUGUCUCUUUUUCUUUACCUUCGAUGGAGGAAAAGAAAGGAGAUGCUAGAGUCUCUGUCAUCUCCGGUCUCUUCUUCGUCUGCAUUAUCGCCGGCGGAGUAUUUCUUUUCCUUUACAUGCUUCUACCCGAAGAAAAAACCCAACCAUGGUACCCCUUUGUAGGAAUGGUGCUUGUGGCUAUUCCAUGGGCAUUUUGGAUCAUGACAUGUCUCUACAGAUGCUUUAGGCCCGCCGGGGCCAUGCAUACCGGGGACAGCGGUCGCUAUGCCAAGGCAGGCAGCAGCCGGGCAGCCACCAUCCCCACCACGAGCGGCGCAUUGACAGCUGGCAAUGCAUCAUCUGCGGACUCCCCUUUUCAUUCACCUGAUGGUGACCGAAGGGUACAGUUUGCCGGGGUUGUUGUAAUGGGGAACGAAGAUGAGGGUGGACGCGGAGGCCAGAACGGAAACGACAACCAUCAUCAAGCCAUAGACAUGGAACAUCAUGAUACGAUCAAUGAUUCAGUUGGUUCUACGGAUAGUGAAAUGCCGUUGAGAUUAAUGGUGUGAUUUCUUUUUAUAAUGGUAUGAAUGUUGCCGAGUAGCGCUGUGCUGGUAGUCGAUAUAUAUCUCCGCCCCCCUGCAAAUGGACUAGUCUCGUGGCAACUGCCAUGGAAUGGCAAGAAUCAUAUGCAACUAUGUAUAACAUCCUUCUCCUGCCACGGGGAACGAAAGCUCGAGGACGAUUAAGUAUAUGGGGAGGUGAGUAUGGAGUUUAUUCUUGGUGUGAGUGUGACCGUGUUAAUGUUGUCUGAAGAAAGCAGGAAAAUAUUUUAGAGGUAAACUGGAACCAUGUAAAGUCUUUCCCAACAAUGAUCAUACGUGUAGUUUGAUGCUAGAAAGUGAAGUAACUAAAGAGGAAAGGUUUUCUUUGUUGUAAUUUGAUUUUCUUAAGCUUAUUAGCAUAAUGUAAGUUCAGAUUGUCCAAUUGCUCUUCUGUUUUUCGGGAACCUCGGUUUUCUAGUUGAGUUUUAACUUUCAAGAACACCAACUUCUUUCCUCAUCUAACUCUCUCAUUAUGCAUUUCAAUGAAUAGCUAGAUAUUUGGCAAACAAAUCUUAGAUGGAAGGAGAAUCUACACGUCACACUCCAUGUUUUGGAUGCACCUUCUUCUUCUUCUUCUUCUUCAAUCGGCAGUUAGAAUCGCACACGCUAUUGAUUCACCCCAACUUCCUCUCCAUUUCUCUAGUGAAGCUGGUGUUCUCCUUCACCCUUAUGCUCAAUCUCCACAACCUGGUUCUCUUCUCUUUCCUCAUCUUAUAGCACUCUCUUUCAAGCUCCAUCCCCUUUAUGCUCAUUUUCUGCAUUUCGGAUUCUCAUUUUUCCCUCACCAACAUCCAACUUUGCUUCAUUCUCCUCUGCAGCCUGCUUUGUUGAUCUUUCAUCCGAACCCUGCACCUCCUUGAUGAUUGUAACCCACAGCUGCAACUGCCCUGCAAAUAGAACCUGCACCACCACCCUCAGAGGCAACUUUUCAUUUUUGGUAGCAUGUUCACAUGCUUCGGGCGACAUUUCUUUAAAUCCAUACCUGCCACUUCCUCUUGUUCCAUCUCUGUCAAGUUCCUGUGCUUAUCUAAGUAGACAUGAACUGCCCUGUAUAUUCCAUUCAAGGUUCUUUGUAUUCCCAACGAUGCUGCAUUUGACAUCUCUGCUAAUUCAUCAAAUGUAUCUAUCUUACCUAUGUCACUGGCAACUUCAGCCAAGAAUUCUUCAAAUGAGUUCAGCUACUGCAACUAGCCCGGAUAUGUCUGAAGAAGUAAAACUCCCACAGAACACUUUCAGUAUCCGCCUCAAACACCCAAUCUCGUAUUGCAUUUCCUUGGAAUAGCCUUGAGAUGGUAUCAAGAGGUCUUUGACUGUUGCCUGGUCCAGUUGGUUUCCAAUUCUGAUCUCUAUCCCAUUUCUACAGUCACAGCUCGCUUCCUUCCUAAAGAAUAAUGAAACGGAGAAUAAUGUGCAUGGAAGUAGUCAAUGUCACGAGGCAACAGCCUCUCCACUGCUUCAAGUAUUUCCCUUUGAUGGUUCAUCUUAUCUUCCUCUCCACUGCUAGAGGAAAUCCAUUUCCUUGUAUAGUCACAAAGCGAUGCAGCCACGUACGGCAAUGGAACUCCAUGCUUAUUCAUUUUAAGGAUGACAGGCUCAUAGAGCCGGAGGGGACAGUGUUGUCAAAAGUCUUCCGAUUGCCAAUCAGCCUAUAGCCUUCUUCGUCAUCAUCCUCACUAUCGUCAUAUCAAAUUCUUCAUUGGCUGUCCAAUAAGGCUGGGAUUAGCUAGUGCCUUUUGAAUGACAGACUCUAUACAGGCAUCGAUUAAACCGAGCUUCACGGACCAUUGGAGGAACAUUUCUGUGGCUCGGAAAGCCUUGAUAGUUUCAUUCCAGCUAGGGAGGAUUCUCCCUUGAAAAUAAGAAAGUGCCUUACUUAACAGAUUAUUUUUGCUGUGGUUUUCAGUCUUUUCCAGGUAGUGAGAUACACAAAUGAGAGGUACAACAUUCUCAGUGGACAUCUGAAUUUCAAAGCCGUGGUAGAAUCUGGCAACAAGCUCAAGAGGGUCUGCGAUUUCCGUUUGAGUAAGGCAGCAACUUUGGCUGAUUUUUCAGCCAGAAGAACCUGCAAACUGUAGCUUUGAUAAAACCGUAUGUCCUUUUUGUACCAGCCAUACAGAACAAAAAAGUACAUGAUUAGAUAGGGUUGUUUCAAAUGCCAGUGUAUAUAUGCAUACUGUAAUUUCAAGUACUCCGCAAUGUUUUGUGAUUGAGGAAGGAAAUAUGGUUUCAUAUUAC